AUGGUCGAUGAUAUCAACAACACGGCUGCUGACGGACCAGCGGACUCAUACGCAGCAACCGUAAUUCAUAGCACCAUACUUUCAACAUUACUUGUUCUGAUUAUUACUGGUAACGCACUUUUGAUCUUCGCAAUAUUAUCCACGCCGCGAUUACGUACCAUCACGAACUGUUUCAUAGUUAGCCUGGCCGUCAGCGAUGUGAUGGUCGGCCUGGUUGUUAUACCGAUAAACUUUGCUUUCCCGACAGCUUUAUUGAAAGGCUACACUACAUGUAUAUAUGCGGCUUGUUUCACGGUCAUCGUGUGCUUGAGCUCGAUAUCCAACAUUGUCGCAAUCACCGUUGAUCGCUACCUGGCUAUCACCUCCCCGUUGAAAUACCAUUCAAUAAUGACACCCAGGCGUACAGUUGCCACAAUCGUCAUUAUCUGGAUAUAUGCCUUUGUGGUCGGUUUUUUGCCAGUGAUGGGGUGGCGUCAAACGUCCACAACCUGCCUGCGAGGGGAAGUAUAUGCUGCCAGUUACGCCGUGUUUUUAUUAAUGAUGGGUCUUGUUCUCCCACUUGUUAUUUCAACAACGCUUUAUUGUCGUAUUCUACGGGAGGCGAGCCGCCACAUAAAGCAAAUACGCCAGUGUGAAGUAAGCACCACUGCAGGAGAACAUAUUCAGCAAAUUGGAGAAACGGUCUCGCAGAGCAACGCCGGAUGCGGUGAUGGUGGUGUUCAUCCAUAUCAUAACCAUCAUCACCGACGUGACCAGACGGAAUCACACCACGACAAGGGCAACUUGAAAAAAAACCGAAAGGCACUUCGCACGGUUAUGUACAUCUUAGUUUAUUUUGAGUUGUCAUGGGUACCGUUAUUUGUCACUUUACUCAUCGAUGCUUUCUUUUCUCCUCGUCUUAUCGUUCUAGAAGUGCGAACGUUCAUCAGCUUACUGGCCCUCGGCAACUCAGUCAUGGAUCCCUUCAUAUAUGGAUACUUCAAUAGGGACAUCAGGGGGCGCGUCAGACAGAUUACAAAUAAAAUUUGCCAAUGCUACAGACGUACUGAAGUUAGCCCUAUUUCAACAAUCUCAAACACAGGACCAUGA